GCCAAAGAGACAAAAGUUCUGGCAGAAAUAGGGAAAACAGAUCAUUUUUGCAUCGUCCCAGUCCAUUGGAUAUAGUUGUUAAAUCAAAAAGUCAUGGUAUGUUGUUGGCCAAAACAAUGAGAUUCUGCACCUAUGUUUGGGUAAAACAUCACUUUAUCAAGUUGAAUACCAACAACUCUAUGGUUAGUAAAUGUUUCAGGAAACUACAACAAGCUGACUUGUGCGAUAAGCAAGUCUUAAGUGCUUCCUGUAAGUUCUUUCGAUAUUCAGUUUUAUUGAGUGGAUAUCAGGAAAAAAUACCCUAAUAUCCUUUGUUCAGUCAUAGUGUAAGCCUUUCCAGUAUCCGGAAAUGGAUUUGCCAAAUUGUGUUCAUUGCACCUGGUCUUGCAAGUAUAUUUAAGCUUGAAAGUGAACAUUGGGAAGGAGAAUAAAAAAUACAGGGUUAUUUUCAUAAGUGCUUAUACGAUGUCUCUAAUGAUAUCGCAGUAGUUUUGUAAACACUUGUCACAUUAGGCUAUAUAUAUUAACAUAUUUUGGAUUUAAGGCAUAUGUAUCCGUGUAGAGCUAUGAUAAAGGGACAGUUAGUAAGAUAAUCUCUUGCUGAUUUCUGGUUGUUCUAUUUAAUUUCUUUUUCCUGUCAUCAGGUUUAUUGUGUUUUAGAUAAUUAUGAUUAAUAUUUAGCGACUAUCUGGAUGUUAUAGAUCAUCCGGUUAUUCCAACGUUUCAUUCAUCCAGAGUAAUUACUAAUUAACAUCUUGUUUGGACCAAGGAAAUUCUAAUUCAUUCAGCAAAUCUCGUUGUAACAUCAAUCAUGCCAUUAUCAAUUCAUAGUCACUAUAUUACUGAGGAACAAGGGACCUUCAAGUAUAAUCAUAAUCAAAUGUCAUGAACCUUGUUUCGACUUUAACUUGAAUUAUCAAUAAAUUAACGAUUUAUAUGUGGCCACUUUUUUGUAAUUGAAAGGUAAACUAUGUACUCCCAUUUUUAAUCGUGAUAUCAAUCAAUUGAUCUGUAAUGCCAUUCCAUUCAAUACAGAGUGCAUCUGUCACCUAACUGAAUUUAUUCAAGGGAUGGUUUCCACAAGGAUAACUUAUUGUUUAGUCAAGUAAACGAGUACUUUUUGAAAAGUUUUCUGUACUAUGAUGAAAAAACGUUCAUUUUCUUAUUAUCUAUUAAGCACGUUAUCUUGAUACCUAUACAUUGAGCAUUAAACAGUCAUAUGAUUACAAAAAUCAUAAAAACUACCACUGCUAAUAAUGAUACUAUGAAUUAUAAAAUUGUCCAGGUCAUACUUGUUCAAAUUUUCGAUUUUAUCAAGAUCUGUAUUUUUUUUGCUUUCCACUUUUAGGUUUGAUUGGGGAGACACGCAUUUAAUCAGUCCCUUUCAUCGAAUGGUUAUUCAUUAUGAAUGAAAUUAAUUUUUUUGAUCCGUUGGAAGGUAAUGAUACAUUACCAUUAUAUUGUGUCUGUUGUCUUGAUUAUGGUUUUCUACCUACUAUAUUAUUACAUAGUCUUCCUGUGAAGGUGCAACGUUUGAUUGUAAAUCGUUUAGCUCACACAAACCUACCACAAUUCAUUCUAGCAACUCAUAAAGGAGGUCAUUGGUCGUUGGUCCAAUUACAUUAUAUCAGUCAUAAUAUUAAUGACAAUAAUAAUAAUAAUAAUAAUAAUAAUAAUAAUAAUAAUAAUUCACAAACAAUUCCGUCAAAUUCUACUCCAUCUCUGAAUGAAUCUCAUAUGGCUAAUUGUCUGGAUAGUUUGAACCAGCUAAAGGAUGUUGAUUCAGAAUCACCUGUGUGCACAAAUUGUGUAUCAUCAAUUGAAUUCAACCUAGAUCCAUAUACUACUGCGUAUUUUUCCGAUUCUUAUGUGAAAUUCAUGUUGACAACCAAAACAUCAGACAAAAAUUGGCACUGUCCAUUUUGUAAAGCCAGCUACAGUCUUAUUAGCAGUGAUCGAGUGAAUAUUUUAGAACGACAUUUACGCUUACAUGCGGAAAUUCGUUGUUGUGUAGAUUGUGUAACCAUAUUACCGAAUAACACAUCUUCACUUAAUUGUGAAUCAGCAUGUAUACAUGAUUGUGAUGAAUUAGUUAGUUCUCAAAUCAAAGACGAUUAUCAACAAUAUCAAUAUGCUAACAGCAAUUCCACGGACUUGCCUCACAAGACAGUGAAUUUACCUGCACCUGAUGAUUGUAAUGAUCAACCAGAAAAUAAUGAUAUAUUUCCCACAUUUCACCGUGAUAAUAGUCAAAUUCAACUUCGAAAAUGUGAUGUACCUCUGAACUCGAUUGCUAAAACUUCGUGUACAUAUUUUAGUGCCGGGAAUUGGCGACGAAUUUGUACAAAGUGUAAAGUCGGCUUCAAAACACCGGCACACUAUCAACAACAUUUAAAAAAUGUUCAUCGAGGUAAAAAGUUUCUUUGUCAAGAUUGUGGUGUUUUUUUCAGUACGAAAGGGAAUCUAACGACACAUUUUAACCAAAUUCAUAAUCAAAAUACCAGUUUACCGUGCCCUAUCUGUGAGAAAUAUCUUAGUAAUAGGUUUAAUUUAGAUCGGCAUAUACGUUCAGUUCAUUCAGAUUAUGAGAUGUCCUCAAAUUCAUCUUUAAAAGUAAAUAGUAUUCCAGUGUCUAAUACUAAUGAAGGUGCACAUUUAACUAACUCUGUUACUGUUGAAAAUCCGAAUGAACCUCCGCGUGGAUAUUAUCUUUAUUUAUCUGAUUCUGAUUGUCAACAAUCAAUCAGCACAAAUUCACCAACAUCAUAUAUAAAUUCAAGUGGAAAUACACAAUCUGUAUUGCAAUUAAUUUCUCCGACAGUCGAUUCAAAAUCUGUCUCAUUAGUAGCAGAUAUUAGCCUAACACCAUGUGGUCCAUCAAAUCCAGAUGCCCAACUUGGCGUUGGCGGUAAAUUGUGGAAGCAAAAUAUAAAUAUUGUACAGUCUCCAAAAUCUACUAUUUCUAAAAGUUUCCAUCUAUGUUAGAUAACAUUAUUUGAUGGUUGCCGUUUUUGCCUUUUCGUUGUUGUUAGACUUUUAAAUCUACACUUUCUUUUUGUUCUAAAAAGGGAAUAUUAAAGUACUCUACGACACUUAUUUAUACGUAAAUCAAACCCGUCUAAUUAUCACUGUACAAAGUAAGGAAACGUAACUAGCUUUUACUUGAAACAUUGACAGUUAAUAAGUAUUUCUACAAUGUAAAAUCCACUUGUAUUAUGUAACUGAAGAUUUUCAUUAUAAAAAAAGUUACAGUUGAUUGAUUGGGAAUUGGAUUUAUUUGUAAUCCGUAGUAAAAUAAUCAGGGAUAUUCGUUUCUGUCAUAUCAGUUUCCAUUUUACUAAUUAUUAUUUAAGCAUCAGGUAUAAGCACUCAAUAUUUAAGUUGAAACCUGAUUGGCAUUCAUAGCUACUAAAUGUUAAACGUAAGCAUUUUUAAGCUAAAAUUAUCUAAUUCUUUACAACACCAAAACAGCUUUCUCACUAAACAACAUAACUCCUAAAAGCCCUAAAUAAAUAUAUAUUCAUGUGAAUUCAAAACAUACAUACUAUUGGAAUAUGAGCUUCAUUAUGUAGCUGACAGUGUUCCGUAUUUUCUUGUUAUACCGAAAAGCCGAA